AAGAUGUAUAGCAGCUCGAAAGCUACCUGAAAGAAGUCUCAACGGACAGUUUCCACUCCAAAAGCGAUGGAAGCUAAAAAAUUUAGAAAAGGAUGUAAGGUCUGAAUCCAGUGCAAAACCAAAGAGUUUAAGGGCAUUCUCAAAACAGCAAGAAAAAGAAGACGCUCAAACAGUAGUAGAAAGCAUAGCUUGCAAAAGUCAAGCGAGAAGCCUAUUAAUGCCAGGAUAGUAACUUCUUCUGAGACCCAGGAAACGUAUGUCAAAACACAUGACUUCAAGAUCUUCACACCUCGAAAGGCAGAACUGUUGGACAGUUCAACUCAGGUUCACGAAAAAGAUCUCGGGCUUGACACUUUUGCAACAGAAAUAGAGAACAACAAGACAAAGUUUGUGUCGCUCAUUGAAGGAAUUGUUGGAAAUAUGUCAAAAGAGUACGAGAGCAUGAUCAAAGAGAAGGAGAAAUACUCCCAUAUCAUCCAAAAGAUCGAUCCAAGCACUUACAUCACCCAAAUUGACCAGUUAAAGAGCAUAAACGGAAUUCAAUCUGAACGAAUCAGUACUCUAGAAGCCCAAAAUAGCUCUUUAGCACAAAAACUAGAAGCUUGUUCUAGAGAAAUUGAGACCUUUGAUAAUCAACUUGCCUUAAAGAACCAAGAAAUCUCAAAUUACAAAAUAGAGUCUCAAAAUCAGGAAAUUGAAAGAAAAUCUUUAAAGCAAAAAAUUGACCUCCAACUCUCAGAAUCCCAUGAGAAGCAAGAACUUGAGGUCAAGUACAAACAGGAAUUAGAGAAUGCCCUGACCGAAAUCGACAAACUGACCCGUCAAAACCAAGAAUUAGAGCACCAACUCCAAAUUCAAAAGAGCUCUAAUGACAAACUCCAGCAGGAAGUUGACAAUACGAGACAAAAACACAUAGACACCCAGAAAGAGCUUACCGCGAUCAAAAAUGACUUCAACACUGCUCAAGAAGAAGCCAAUAUCUGAAAACUUGACAACGGAACCCUCAAAGAACAACUUGAACGAUACAAAUCAGACUCUGAGCGAUAUCAAAAUGAAAUUCAGCAAAAUAAAAUCGAUACUGAGCAACUUCUCAAGGCUAUAGAAGACACCAAGCUCAACUCUGAUUCUCUCCAGACGAUUAUCAGAUCAAAGGAGGAAGGUAUCCUCAAACUUCAAGAGGAGAUUUCAUUCCUGAAGGAUAUCCUUAACAAAGAAACAACUGAGAAGGAAGAGGCUCUCAAGAAAUCAUUGCCUGAAGACAUAGAAAAGAUCUCAACUCUUCAAGCCCAGAUAGAAUCGAAUAAGACCAAGCUUGCUGAAUACGAAGAGAAAAUUAACAAAUUAGACCAAGAUAAUGAAUUUCUCCAGAAUUUGUUAAAGAACAAGGAAGAGGUCACCCAGCUCAAGAAGAGGUACACUUAUGUGAGCAAUCUCUUGACAUCUGCAAAGGAUCAGAACUUUGAUCCCCAAGUCAUAAAUUAUGCUGAAAAUAUGAUUAGUGAUGGUAAAUCGAUCUUCACUAAGGAUGAUCUUAACAGCUUGAUUAAUGAAGAAGAUCUAGCACUGAUAAACCAAAGAUUGCCCAGCAUGCCUAAUGACUAUGACACUUACAACCUGAGUAGGACAAACAGUGAAGCUAUAAGUUUCAAAAAUUUCAAUGAUAGUCCAGUAAAGCUUCAAAAAGGACCUUCAGAAGUUGAAAUUAAAGCGAUUUCUGACCUCUCUACACAACUAGAGGCUCUUAAGAAGUCGAACAAGGAGCUCAAAGAACAAAUAGAGUUCAGAAAUCGGUACAUAAAACAACUCGAAGAAGCCAAUGAAAUCAACAUGGACUCAAUGAACGACUCGCAAGACAAUGUGAAGGACCAGCUAGCCUACCUAGAGGACCAAAAACCCAUUUUAAACGUGCCUGAAGAAGAAUCUUUUGAUCAUUCUAUUGCAGCCGACUCGUUCUCAGACGAUGGAGGCCUGGAGUUAAUAGAAAAAGAAGAUAUGCUGCAGUAUUUGCAUACUGUUUCAAAUAUGAUGGAAGAUAUGCUAUAA